GAUUUUUUAAUUGCAGAGAAAUGGAACCAAAAACAAUUUUCAUGUAAACGCUGUAAGAAGAAUUUUAAAACUAAACAAUAUUUGCAAAGGCAUGAAAGGAUGCAUACGGGAGAAAAGCCUUAUAGUUGUGACGAGUGUAAAAAGAAGUUUACAUGCAGAUCAAUCUUAAUUCAACACCUUCGGAUCCACAGUGGUGAAAAGCCUUAUAGUUGUGACAAGUGUAAACAGAAGUUUACACAAAGGUCACACUUAAUUAAACACCUUCGGGUCCACACUGGAGAAAAGCCUUACGCUUGUGACGAAUGUCAACAGAAGUUUUCACAGAAGUCACACUUAAUUUCACAUCUUCGCAUUCACACUGGAGAAAAGCCUUAUAGUUGUGACCAGUGUAAAAAGAAGUUUUCAACAAAGUCACACUUAACUGAACACCUUCGGGUCCACACUGGUGAAAAACCUUACAGUUGUGACGAGUGUAAAAAGAAGUUUACACGAAGAACAUGUUUAAUUAAACACCUUCGUAUCCACACUGGAGAAAAGCCUUACGCUUGUGACGAAUGUCAACAGAAGUUUUCACAGAAGUCACACUUAAUUUCACAUCUUCGCAUUCACACUGGAGAAAAGCCUUAUAGUUGUGACCAGUGUAAAAAGAAGUUUUCAACAAAGUCACACUUAACUGAACACCUUCGGGUCCACACUGGUGAAAAACCUUACAGUUGUGACGAGUGUAAAAAGAAGUUUACACGAAGAACAUAUUUGAAAACUCAUGAAAGAAUCCAUACAGGAGAGAAACCUUUCAGUUGUGACGAAUGUAAAAAGAAGUUUACAGAAAGGUCAAGGUUAAUUCAACACCUUCGUAUCCACACUGGAGAAAAGCCUUACAGUUGUGAUGAGUGUAAAAAGAAGUUUACACAAAGGUCAAACUUAAUUAGACACCUUCGGAUCCACAACAGACGAUAGCCAUAUGAGUGUUAAUUAUAUCCAGCGAAAUUUAUUCAAAGCCAAGAUUUAAAAGUAAAUAAAAGUAUUCACACAUGAAAAUUUUGAAGGAAUGUUAUUUUUAAUUUCUGUUGAUGUAGAAUUAUCGAAAGAUGU